AACAGUUCUACCAUACCUAUUUCACAUUUCUAAUAAAAGAAGCAUGAAUUGCUGAACUCUUACACCAGGUCAUUUUGUUUAUUUUUAAAUCAUAGAUCAAGCAAGUAUAGAGAAUAUAUCAGGCUGAAAAUCUGAAAACCAGUACUUAGUUGUCGGUAUACCUGAUUACGGAUAAAUCAUAAUGAGAAACCUUACAAGUCAUAACCAUUACACCUGAAAUCUGACAGCAGCUUGCAGGAGUGGCUAUAGCAAAUGGCCAGGCUCCGCUCCCCUGGUCAGUAGGUAAUUGGGCACUAACGCACUAUCCUAGCCAGACAGCCUUGGAGCAAGCUCUUGCACAGGCACCAAGUGCUGCCCUUCUGAUGGGUCAUAAUGGCAUAUUUCGAAAUGACACAAGUGAUGCGAUUGAUGGAUCAUUUAAUCAAUGGAGGGACAAGCGCCCAGUUAAGUCUUUGGUCGUUGGACAGCCAAUCCUGCUUGCUUUGGAGGAUAUAGAUGGUGGACCCUCUUUUUUGGAGAAGCUCUUCGAUUUCUUGAAACUUAUGGGAAUAAAGUGGAAGGAAUUUUACGACAGUCUGCAGAUGUUGAAGAGGUGGAGCGCAGAGUCCAGGAUUAUGAACAAGGUCCAUUUUUGGUUUAUUUUAUCUUUCUUUUUGUUGACUACAAAAGUAGUUAACAAUAAGAUCAAAAAGUUGAUCUUAUAACAAUGGAACAAGAAUGGUGUGUCAAUGAUGUAAAUCACUAACUUGAAAACGAAAUUCCGGCGCAACCAUGGUACUCAAUUGUAUUUGCCAGCACGUUCUCUAAGAUUAAUACACCACUUUCACACAAAGGCACUUUAGGGUGGUCAGGUUGGAGUCAAUCAGUCAAGUAACUUAUGCCCAAAGAUAGAGAGAAUGUGUUUGGCUUAUGUGUUUUCUUGUAUGUGUAGCAUGUAUAUAUAUUUUUUAUUAUUCUUACCAAGAGAUUAUAUAAAAAUCAACAAGGUAAGUGAAGAGAUAAAAAAGCUCAAAAGAUAAAACAUUAAUCAGAAAUUAAGGUCCUUAAACAACCCAUUAAAUGGGAGUUAAGAGGAGGUUACAAAAUGAAGAAUCCAAGGUAAGAAGAGGAAACAAAUAGGC